CUCACACUGUCGCUCUGAUUUUUCUUCAUUCUGCAUUCACUUCACUCAGAAACACCAAUCAGAAGCUUUUAAACACGGACUGGAUGGUUCUGGUUCUGGAUGUGUGGUUCUGAAAGGAUCUAGAACUCAGUGGGAUAAAGAGCUACAGCAGCUGAUUCUCUCCUGUGCUGAUCUGAUCAUUCCAGACGUCCUGAAAGAGAAAGAGAAGUUUGUACUGAAGGAGUGUUACAGAGGAACAGCACAGCAGCAGUUGGAGGAAAUGGCUGCUAAAUACCCUCUUUCAGAAGAAGAGCUUUCAUGUCCUGUGUGCUGUGAGAUCUUCAGGGAUCCGGUGGUUCUGUCGUGUUCCCACAGUGUGUGUAGAACCUGUCUGCAGCAGUUCUGGAAGACUCAGGGCUCUCAAGAAUGUCCAAUUUGUAGAAGAAGAUCCUCUAAAGUUUUUCCACCUAUUAGCUUUACAAUAAAGAACCUGUGUGAAACUUUUCUGGAGAGCAGGAGUCAGAGAUCUUCAGCAGGGUCUGAGGGGGUCUGCAGUCUGCACAAUGAGAAACUCAAGCUCUUCUGUUUGGAUGAUCAGCAGCCUGUGUGUUUGGUGUGUCAUCUAUCAAAAUCACAUACAACUCACAAAUGCUGUCCAAUAGAUGAAGCUGUGACUGACUGUAAGACUAAACUCCAGACUGAUUUGGAGCCUCUACAGAAGAACCUGAAAGUCUUAGAGGAAGCUAAACGAGACUAUGAUCAAACAGCAGCCCACAUUAAGACGCAGACCCAGCACACAGAGAGACAGAUAAAGCAGGAGUUUGAGAAGCUUCACCAGUUUCUAAGAGAUGAAGAAGCAGUGAGGAUAGCUGCACUGAAGGAGGAAGUGGAGCAGAAGAGUCAGAUGAUGAGGAGGAAGAUUGAGGAGAUGAAUGAAGAAAUAUCAUCUCUUUCAGACACAAUCAGAAACAUAGAGAAGGAGAUGGAAGCUGAGGACAUUCAGUUCUUACAGAACUUCAAGUCUACAGAGAAACAAGUUCAGCGCUCACCAAAGCAUCCAGAGAAGACAUCAGGAGCUCUGAUCAAUGUAGCCGAACACCUUUCCAACCUGAAGUUCAGAGUGUGGGAGAAGAUGCAGGAGAUUAUCCAGUACACUCCUGUUACUCUGGACCCCAACACUGCCCUCCCACACCUCCACCUGUCUGAUGAUCUCACUGCUGUAGAAAAGAGAGACCAGAGAUCAUCAGUUCCUGAUAAUCCAGAGAGAUUUGAUGAGUACUGGUGUGUUCUGGGUUCUGAGGGUUUUAACUCAGGGACACACUGCUGGGACGUCCAGGUUGGAGACCGGGAUGACUGGGCACUGGGUUUGAUCCCAGAAUCUGUAACAAGAAAGGGACAUUCUUUCUGGAAUUUAGUGUGGGGUCUGGUUUACAGUAAAAGCAGUGAUGAAUACUGGAUACGCUGCCCAGGACAGUUAGAUCUCUCCCUCACCCCUAAAGAGAAGCUGCAGAGGGUCAGAGUGCAGCUGGACUGGGACAGGGAGAAACUGACCUUCACUGAUCUUCUAACCAACACACACCUGCACACUAUAACACACACUUUCACUGAGAGAGUUUUACCUCUUUUCUGGAAUGUAUCUGAUUAUCCUCUGAGGAUCUUACCAGUGAAGACGUCAGUAACAGUGGAACAGCACAGUUAAAGUUAACUCUGCUCACAAUCAACAUUUAUACAGGUAGUGAGUUUAUGAAUUAUCAUCAUAAGUAUAUCAUUACCUGUAUACAGUGGCUUGCAAAAGUAUUCAUACCCCUUGAACUUUUCCAUAUUUUGUCACAUUACAACCACAAACAUAAAUAUAUUUCAUUGGAAUUUAAUGUGAAAGACCAACACAAAGUGGGGUUCAAUUAUGAAGUGGAAAGAAAAUUGUGCGUUGUGCAAAAGUACUCAGCCCCCCUGAGUCAAACUCUUCAGUCAGAUUAGAUUGUGAGCGUUUGUGAACAACAGUUUUCAGAUCUUGCCACAAGUUCUGGGAUUAGGUUUAAUUCUGGUCUUUCACUAGACCAUUCUAAAACAU